AUUCAUAUUUGGAAAAUAAUAUAUGAUGUAAACUUUAGAAUAUAUAUAUAUAACGUGUAUGUAAUGUAUUGAAAUAUCUUGCAAUAUUAUAAUUAAUGUAUAUAUCACAUUUUAUUCUUAAACUAUCACCUUUAAGUCGCGAAGAUCUUUAGGAUUGUAUAUGUAUAUCUCUCUUCAUCCCGUUACAUGCAAAUUAAACGUUACAUUUUUUAUUAAUUUGUUAUGUUAAAAAUUCUAAGUAUAUUAUAUAAAUGAUUUAAAAUUUGAUAUAUAGUAUAAUAAUAAAUAUAAAAAUAAUAAUAAAAAAUAAAAAAAUGUUUGUUAGAUGAUAAACGGUGGCGCCGUAGGAACCAAGAAUAAACGGUCCUGAGCUGUGUAGACCUCCGUCCCCCGCGACGCUACGUCGUCGGUCGGUUCGGUUGCUCGCUCGUUCUCGUUCGUUUUCACCCCACUCCAACUCAUACGUCCCCGGUCCCUUAUGACCCCACCUGCCCCGUAUCCAGAAACUUUACCCUCACCCCGCUACAUUCAGUCCCUCCCCCCGAUCCUCUCUCUGAUUCCGCCUUGCCUGCUGCCAGCCAGCCGUCCGUCCUUACGUCCGUCCGUCCACCGUUUGGAUCUAUGGUUGUGUCGGUGGAUUUCGUGACGUUAACCUGGCGGCCCUGAAAACGUUGGACUGACCGUACGAUUUUGACUACCCUUCUCGUUAGGGCGCGAAUGUAAGACGCGAGUGUUUUUUAAUCAUCGCAGCCACCACACUGGAAUAUAUCAUAGACUAGUUCGGAAAUACUGCCGGGACUAUUGCUGUUGCUGCCAUUAUCACUAUACAAAAAUAUAAGAAGAAUGAUAUCCAAAGAUAAAAUGCUUUGAUCGAUGAAGUAAUUUAUAAUUGCGCAACAAUAAAAAGAUUAGGAAGAAACAGAAUUAUUAAUUUCAAAUAUGUAUUAGAAAGCCUGUAUUAAAAAACGAAUGGAAACGAAACGAAAUAAAUACAUAAAGGAAGCAGAAGAAGAUUAAUAAUAGUGAAAGAAACAAUAGAAUGAUAUAUACUUUAAGAAGAAAAGAAUAUUGAUUUGAAUAUUUUUCGCACGACCAGUUUUGUGAUGAUUCGCAAAUGUGCGUAUGUGUGUACGUGAUUGUGUAUAUGUUAAAACUGUGCGCGUAUGUUUCUCGUUCUGCCAUCUUGAAAGUCAUCCAAUUUCUUUCUCUUGGUGGCGCUGGCUCACGUGUGCGGGAAGCGUGCACGGUGCGUGCAUCGUACACGCACUGUGCUAAGUUGCUAUAAGCGAAGAAAUCUCGCUUCGAGAAUAACUGCAAAAUAAAGAUUUAUCGAUAGCAUAUAAUAAAACUGCGCGAUGAAAGCAAGUUUGUCGAUAAAUUUAUUUCUUUGUGGGAGUGAUAACGAGUGUCCUAACAAUAUUAAUAGUGAAAGCAGUAUCAGUAGCAACAACAAUCUCGGCAACAGUAUACAUGACAUUAGUAACAGUAAGAAAAACGUAUAUGACAAUGGUUUUAACGGCAAUAAGAAAUCACAAGUGGAAUAUAAUGUGCAAGUUAAGUGUAAGCCAUAUGGCAAUGAUGAGCAGUUGCAUUUCUGUGAGGUGUACUCGUACUGAUUGUGAGUGCUAGUAGAGAAAGAGAAAGCGGGAGACAGAGAGAUAGAAGCCACCAAGACUCUCGUGGAGAGCGGGGCACUGAAAGAUAUGCGGACCUUUGUGCGAACAGCUGAAGCGGAAGUUGUGAGAACAAGUGGAGUGCAACGCGCUCCACCUAAUCGGUGAUAGGGUCAGUCGGUUAAAAGAAGACAAAAUUGGCGUUCGCAGCGACGGCAACGCGGCAUCUUUCGCGAUCACCUUUUCCUCAUCCCUUCCUUUUUCCUACUUCAUUUUGUUUCACUUCGUUUCCUCUCUCUUUUUCUCAAACUCUGACGCAAUUCAUUCGUUUAUUUUAUAUAUUUUUCUUCUCUUAGUUAUCGAUAGAGAAAAAAAAAUCUUGUCUUUUAUUUCGAUUGAAACUUUCGUAUAAUGAUACGCAAUUAAAAUGUUGGAAGAAUAAUGCAAACGAGAAUUCGUCGUAUAGAAGCCGCGUCGCGUUUCUUACAAUAAUAAAGAAAUCGUCGCUGGAGCAACAGCGGAAGAAAGAAAUUUGAAAAAUCAGUUAGAUUAUGUUCCAAGUGUAUAAUAUCGAGUGAUAUGGAACGCAUGAAAGUGUAUGUAAGCUAGCAAGAAGAUAAAAACGACGAAAGAAUAAGAGAAAAGAGGUAGCGAAAAACAAACAUAACACGCAACAACGAAGAAACGAAGAGAAGACAGUAGUAGUGUAAAGAAAACAGAGAUGAUAAAGAAAAAAAAAAUCUACGAAGGGAAUAGCUUGUGAGAAGAAAAGCAAAAGUUUGCGCGACGUACAGUAUAAUGUGGAGUAGCGUGUUUCGCGAAAGUUUUUAAAAGUCGAUAUAGAAUUUAUAAAUAGAUCGGUUGGUAUACUCACAUAUGUGCACGCGUACGCAUGUGUGCGUGAUUACGCGCGCACAUGUACGUGAUUUUCACUCGAGACUGAAACGGUGAAUUAUUCUCGCACGGAUCGACUACUCGUGGGGGAAAUUCGAGAUCCGGCUUACCUUCCACAGCUGACGUCAUUACCGUACACAAUGCGCUAGGAGUGAUGGAGACAGUGAGCAAGCAAGUCCAGGUAGUAAGCGGACUGGGGGUGGGGGGUCCGGUGGGCCCUGUGGGUCCAGUGGGGGCAGAUUUGCAUCACCAUCAUCAUCCUCACCCCCACUCCCAUCCUCCACACCCACACGCCCACCCCCACGGUCAUCCUCACGGACCCCAUGGCCACUCACUGGUCGGUGUAACGUCGACCCCUGGCAGGGGUCAGACACAACCACCGGUCUCGCAUAACCAGCAUUUACCCGCGAGGUCUACUCCGGUACAGCUGCAUAGGCCGGCACAAAGUUAUGUAAACAUCAAGAGCAGCAGUCCUGUGUCUCCAAGAACGAUAGGAGCAGGAGUGACGUAUGUGCAGGGUGGUGCGGCUGCAUCUUCAGCGGCGGCGGCGGGAACAACCGGAAGUGGAAGUGGCGGAGGUCCUUCAAUCGGAGGAGGCGGUGGCGGUAGCGCAGGAGGUGGCGGUGGUAUCAACAACGCUGGUGGCGCGAAUAGUGGAACCGGAGUCGUUGGGACUGGAGCUGGUGCCGGUGCCGUUGGAAACGUAGCAUCAGUUGGAAAUGGUAACAACAACGGUACCAAUAACAGUGCCGGUGCGGGGAGCAACAGUGGUGGAAACGGUGGUACAGUGGGUAGUGCACCAGGGGGUUAUGUUGCUGUUCCCAUGGCUGGUGGUCUGCGGUACAUCCAUCCGUAUCCAUCGACGCCAACGUCGGCAUCGGUGCCGGCUGUAGCGACAAUGGUUACCUCAGCCUCGUCGGCACCGACUCCAGUGCCAGUUCCAGCACCCGCAGCUGCGCCUGUCAAUCCACCUACAGUUAGUCAAACGCCACCACCAUCGCUUUCGGGAACUGCUUAUGCCGCGAGAGAUGCAUAUCGCAGCGCCACCACGAAUGUGAACGAGAGGAUUGCCAUCAGCGUGAGCAGUAGUCCUUUGUCGCAGAUUGGAGUCGAUGUUGGAGUAGUUGCAGCCGAAUAUGCGGCAAAUAGUGGUAUAAGUAGUGGAAGAGGAGAGAGACCGAGGAUAUCUCUUUUACCACCUGCUUCGGUAACGCCGACACCUUCACCAACAGCACCAGGCUAUCAACAUAACAUGUCUGGAGUUAGAAAUUCACGAAUAGCCCUGAUGCCCGUCCAGCCGGAUCAGUAUUGCAAUCGUACAGCCGUUGAAAUGGCUAAUCUGCAGGAGGCGCCGCCCUUCAAGAAAAUACGCCUCAGUCAACCGACCCAGAUUCAAUUGCAGUCCCAAACGCAAUCUCGUUGUCAUAGUUUGUCACCCGCUGAUCCGUGUGUUAAGCAGGAGCACGUGGUGCAGUUGCAGCAACCGCUUAGGAUAGAUACUAGGGAGCAGCCGGCAACAGAAGCGUAUACACCGCAAACUGAAGCCAUUUCGCCUACGCUUCCGGAACCAAACACACAAGAAGAUGCACAGUUCAGAAGCACGAAAGAUGAUCUUCUGCAACAAAUUUCUAAGGUUGAUAGGGAGAUUGCAAAAAGGGAAUCUCAGAUAAAUAAGCUUCGGAAAAAAUUAAAAGAAUUGGAAGAAGCGGCUAAUAAACCUCUGGAAGCUAGCGGUCUUAAACGGCAAGUUGAGGAACAGUCUCAGCAACCAAAGCAUCAAUCUCUGGCACAAAAAAUUUAUGCUGAAAAUAGGAGAAAAGCAGAAGAAGCUCAUAGACUUCUAGAAAGGCUGGGUCCAAAAGUGGAAUUACCUUUGUACAAUCAGCCAUCAGAUACAAGUGUGUAUCAAGAAAAUCGAACAAAACAUCAAACGUGUAUGAGAGCAAGGCUUAUAGCGAGGCUUCGACGAGAACACGCUGAACGUGCAUCUCUUCAUCGACAACAGUCACAAACGUACGCUAUUUUGGUACAGGAGUGGCAUCGUAAAGUAGAGCGAUUGGAAGCAACGCAGAAAAGGAAAUCGAAGGAAGCGAAGAAUCGCGAAUUUUUUGAAAAAGUAUUUCCAGAGUUACGAAAACAAAGAGAAGAUAAAGAACGUUUUAAUAGAGUUGGUGCUCGUAUCAAGAGUGAAGCUGAUUUAGAAGAAAUUAUGGAUGGCCUUCAAGAACAAGAGAUGGAAGAUAAAAAGAUGCGUUCAUACGCAGUCAUACCUCCAUUAUUAUUGGAUACGAAGCAGAGACGAAUCGCGUUUCAAAAUCGUAAUGGUCUUCUUCAGCCAGAAGAAUUAGAAGCUCUUCAUAGUGAACGAAAGUUAAUCAAUGUAUGGAGUUCUGUAGAGCACGAAUUGUUUAAAGAAAAAUAUUUACAACAUCCUAAGAACUUUGGAACGAUAGCUCAAUCUUUAGAACAUAAGUCCGUUCCAGAUUGUGUGCAUCAUUACUACCUCACUAAAAAAGCAGAAAACUAUAAGCAGCUCUUGAGAAAGUCGCGGCAACGAACACGUUCUCGAAACAAUCCUAAUAAUAAAGUAAAUAAUACCAGUUCAAGUAUUGGAACUUUAGAUAUUUUAACUACGGGUGUUACGACAAGGUUGCAACGUGAGCAACAGCAGAAGACGCAAGAAAAUCCUCAAAAUAGUUCGGCAGCGACAUCAACUACAACGACGACGACGACUACGACAACAUCGAGUGUAUCAACGGCUGUUGCGACAACAAUAGUCACCACUUCGACGACUCCUUUAAGUUCAUCAACGUCGAGUAUAUGUUUAACGACAGACUCUGUAAUAGCAUCAACGACAGCUACAACGACAUCUGUGUUGAGUACUACGACAUCGUCAGUCACGACGUCAUCGACGAUAACAAAUGCGAAGGAUAAUAGAGAAACCAAUAAAGAAAACAAAGAAAGUAAAAUAGAAUCGAAAGAAUCGCAUCUUAUCAAAGUGGAAGUGAAAGAAGAGCCACAAUUAAGUUCGGAAACGGUAUCAGGAAAGGACAUCAAAAUGGAGACGAACAACGUCAGUGGUGGUAGCGUGGUAACUACGAACAGGAUGAAGGAAAAGAAAAAAGAUAAUCACGCCACCCCUAUGGAAACCAGCGACGAGGAAGCCCAAUCGAUGGACACCAUUGAAGGUGGAAGACAGAUUGGCCCCCACGCUUGCACGGUUUGUCAAAAUAUCGUGGAAGGUAACACGCAGAGCAGGGCAUUGUCGCGAAGCCAAGCGUCCCAGUAUGGUCUGCGAGAGGAUCAGAUCGCACCUGGUGCGCGCGUGUGCAAUACCUGUAGGUGUAAAGCAGUUAGAGGACGAUAUACAGCGUGUCCAUUGCCAGGUUGCCCGAAUUUAAACAACGCCUCAAAGACAAGGGUAAAAAGAUUGCGAGCUUUACCCGCCAAGUGGCUCGAUCUACCAGCUGAAAUUCGUGAUCCAAUUAUUCAAGAAUUUCAAAUACCAAGUAACGCGACGAAAUGUUGUUCGGCCUGCUUCAAUCGAAUAUCUCGUCGAUUGGCGCCACACCUAACAGGAAGUGCCGAGGUGCCCGAAGACUCAGCCGAUUCCCUUGCUCGACAAUGGACAGACGAGGAAUUGGAACAGCUGAGGAGAGCUCUUCGAGAGCAUGGAACCAAUUGGGUGAAAGUUGCCGAACAAAUACCAGGAAAGACGAAUCAUCAAUGCAAAAACUAUUACUUUGCUUAUCGGAAAAAGUUAAGCUUAGAUCAGGUGGUUGCAGAGUAUUAUCAAUCUCUAGGCGAAGAAAGGAGACCUUGUUUGACAGAUGAAGAAGAAAGUGGUAGCAGUACGAGUAGUUGUGAUGAAUUGGCAGUCCAUGAUUCAAGCGAUACAGCUAGUGCAGGCAGUCCAGCGAACAAUUUGUCCAGUGGUACACCAGGUACACCGGGUGCCACAGCAUCCUCGAAUCUGCCGAUAGCUUUCUCGCGAUCGGCAGAUCAAAAACUUGGUGAGAAAUUAGCGGAUAUUGCUGUGGUAUCAUUAGUACCGCCGGUGAGCAUAGGUCCGUCGCAACAGUCUUCCACCAGUGGAAGUAGCAAUGCUGCUUCAGCUGGUACUAGAGAAGAUUAUGAUAGCUCCGCCACGGAGACGGCGGACGAAGGUCAGGGAGGUACCGAUUUAGAAAAUAAUGGUGUGGUUGUCACGUUGACAACUGCUAAUAAUCCCACAUCAUUGCAACAACAGCAUCAGCAAUCUCAUCAACAAGUUGCACAACCUUCGCAUUCACCACCAUCCACUACUAGCAACAACUCCAAUCCCCUUACUGUGAAGGAUCUUAUGCUUGGUGUUAUUGAGAUGCAAUUGAAACGUAAUCCUAACAGUCCAGCUGGUACCAGUGGUCCUUCAGUAUCAAUAAAUUCUGGAACACCAACGAUAUCGAGCAUAUUAAAAACGGAUCAUAGAAAUGAUAUUACAUUUGUAAGAGAAUAUAAACCGACAUCAACUAUGGCAAAUACUAAUAUGUCAAGGGAUUCGAAUUUGGCUACGUUGUCGGUGGUAUCCGGUCCUCACCAUGGUCAUCGUUCUGCUUCUAGUCCUCAGCAAAUUGGUCAAAUGCAAGCAACAAUUACUCCCUGUCCACCCGCGCCAUCGAACAAUCAGUCAUCUACAUCAGACAUACUUCCAAAGGAAGGUUUAGUUGUGAUGCAAGUACAACAAGCAUUACGGGAAAGCACUGAGGGCACUCUUGAUUUAAGCAUUAAAAAACCAAGACAACAGCAAGAAUAUAAUCAUUCCCUUCAAACACUUCAUAAACCACCGACGGUCACUCUCUAUCGGCCAGAACCUUCGAGUGCUUAUUAUCAUCCUCAUGCCCAUGCGGAACAAGGUCGUGGCGCCAAAAGUCCAUUGGUGUACGCGUCGUCUCCACGACCUCAAGCACCUCUUACACCUAAAAUGAAUAAAGUUGCAGUACCACCACCACAUCCUAAAUUGUCGCCUAAAUUGAGCGCAAUAGUGACAACAAGCCAUAAAAGUGGUUCUAUUACACACGGAACUCCUGUGUCUAAUACACGUUAUGAAGGUCUUCUUAGACAGAUGACUCCUCCAGGAAAUCCUGGCAGUGCAGCUGGAACACCUAAUUUGACUAGCGGUGCAGGGACUGUUAAUGCACCUAGUAAUCAAGGACCUAAAGAAACAGGAUCCAUAACUCAAGGAACUCCUGUUCAUCCCUAUGUGGAUAAGCGUGCACCAAUGUAUGAUUAUCAUAGAACAAUUAGGCAUUCACCUGUAACAACAGGUAAUAUUCCUGGUCAAGGUCAGACUCAAGCCGGAACAGCAGCAGUAGUGGUGACGCAUAGCAAUCAAUAUAAUUCUUAUUCGGGACGACCACCUCCUAGCUAUACUAUGGAGCAACAGCUAUCGUCAAGACAAAUUAUUAUGAAUGACUAUAUAACCAGUCAACAAAUGCAUGCGCGAAGUCGAAGUGCUGGCACGUCUGAAGGUAAUAGUAAGAAUGAAGGACCUUCGACGUUAUAUUAUACCAGCACACCCCCACCUCAAACCCAUACACAACCUCGUCAAGGUGUGAUACAAAGGCACAAUCCGCAAAAGCAAAUUCAUUAUCCGCCACCACCACCAGGACUGGAGGCCUUUUCCAGUUUGGUGGAUGUUGCUGUACAGCAACCAAGUCUUCCGGUUCCUCAUCCACAUGGACAUCCUGCAUCUGGGAGUAGCAGUCACGAAGGUCUUGGUAAGACCAUGGCAGACAGAUUGUUGGCCGACCGUUAUGGGGAUAAACAUCGUUUAACUAUGCAUCAAGAUCAUAGAAUGGCAGUAGCUCACCAUCAUCAACGUGAUAGAGAAAGGGAACGAGAUCUAGUUCAUUUGCGCGAGAAGGAAGAAUAUAGAUUACAGAGAGAGAAAGAAAUUCAACAACAGGAACAUAGAUUGGUUCAGCAAAGAGAAAAAGAUGUACAACAUGCUGAACACAGAUUGUCAAUACAGCAACGAGAAAAAGAUAUACAACAUACUGAUCAUCGUCUUACCGUCCAUCAACAAAGAGAAAAAGAGAUUCAUCAGCAGAUGGUAGUAGCUGCUGCUCAACGUGAAAAAGAACAUCAAGAACAUCGUUUGGCUGUACAACAACAAAGAGAAAGAGAUCUAGCACAUUUACAACAGCAACAACAACAACAACAGCUUCAACAACAUAUUCAACAACAACAGAGGAUGGAGGUUGAAAGAAGGCAACAUAUGGCUCAAUUGUACAGAGAUCAACAGCAGCAACAACUUGAUAGGGAUAGCCGAUUAAUAAAUAGUGGAUUUACUCAAUCCUCUAGGCUACAACAACCGCAACAAUCCCAGCAACAACAACAACAGCAACAACAGUCAUCUUCUAGACAAAACCAGUCCUCCAAUCAACAACAAAAUGAAUCAGCAUCUACAUUAACUGCUGCCAGUCUGAUAGAUGCUAUUAUAACACACCAAAUUAACCAAAGUGUUGAAAAUACUGGUGGAAAUGCCCAACCACAACGACCUGGUGAUCGUCUUUUCCAGGUAACUUGUGGAUUUCACCGAGAAGCUCCAGUAGAACCUAAUGGGAUGGCUCACAGUCCUGCUGGCGAUGGAAAUGGUGGCAACAGUGGAGCUGGGAAUGCAGGCGGCAAUGGCGGAGGUGGCAAUAAACCUAUUACUCUUGGAGAACAUGUUGAUCAUAUUGUUUCUAAAGAUUAUGGUCCUCCACAUUCCUCGUAUAGAUCGUAUAGUGGAUAUCAAAUUUCGGAAGAUCAGUGGAAGAGACGAAAAGCUAACGAACCCGAUUCCGUGAAGACUGGAGAUGAGCGUCAAAUAAUUCGAGUUACGCAACAACAAUCGCAACAACAGCAACAGCAGCAGCAGCAGCAACAGCAGCAGCAGCAACAUCAACAUCAACAGUCAGCAGCAUCGGUAGGAAAACAAUCGUUCCAUUCAGUCGAACCUGUUUCACCUCCAGAAACAGGUACUAAUCACUAUGGGCGUCGCCUAUACGAAACAACCACUGCCACAUCGACUUCCGGAACUCCUUCCAAGCCUCAUCUGUCACCUUUGGAUUACGUAAAGAAUAAGAUCGUUGAAGUGAUGCGUACAUCUGAAGAUGAUAAAGGGGGUAAUACAACCGAUAGAAAUGGAGGAAAUAUCACAAGUGCAGAAAAAGAUGAGAAAAUUGGAGGAAAUGUGGAAAGUCCCUCAAGUGGAGAAAUGAUGGUGGAUGAGACACCAAAUAAAACUCCUCAACCACCUGCACCAGCGCCUACUACAACUUUUUAUCCGUUUAGUGCGUUAGGCGUUCAUACUGGCCCACCUCCUGCACCGCCACCCCCAACUUCUGGAUCUGCUUCUGUGACAAAAUCUGAACAAAUGCAAGCCGAACCAGCACCAUUGCUUUCUGCGCAGUACGAGCCACUUUCUGAUGAGGAUUGAUAGUCUAAUAAGUUAGCAACGUGUGCUAAUCUACACGCUGUGGAAAUGUUCUUCUUAGGGUAUUUAUGCAGUUUGUUCAUACUGGACGGAAGUCUUAUUCAGACUACAACAAUAAAUAUCGAAUAUUUCACGAUUACCAAUGUUUUUCGGGCGUUAGCCAUUGCGUUCUAACUGGUCGUAUCUAAUAAUUUUUCUAAUGAUAAUUGAAUCGAAAGAAUUUCUUAUUUCGUUCCAUUUCGUUCGUUUGCUCACUUUUUUCUUUUCUUUUUUUUUAUCACGAACUUUAUCGUAUUCCGAAAUGGAAAUUAUAAAUACGAUGGUUUUAAAUAGAGUUUAUUAUUUUAUAAAUUUCAUAUUCCGUCAAUGUAUUCUUUUAGUCGAGGAUCGUUUCCGUACUCUCAGUGUACAUGUAAAUGUGAUUAUUUUAUGGAAGCAUUAUUAUUUUUUUAAUGCUCAUCCAGCGUACGAGAAACUAAUUAGCUGCGUAAUUUUAAUUAUUAAUUGAUAUUUUUUUACGCAUUACUUAUUCUUCACGCUAAUAUGUACGUAAACGUUGUGUAUAAUUAUCAGCUAGAUUAAAUAUAAUUAUUUCCAUUUUCACCGCCACUUAUUUUUGUUUUUUAAGAAAAUACUUUUUUUUUAGAUAUCGUUAAUUUCUAACAUGGAGUUGUAAAAACCAUGAGGAUCUUUUAAUUUUAAAACGACACAGAACAAUCUACGCAUAUGUUAUAAAAUUAUUAAAUCUUCUAGUACAUAUACAGUACAUAUAUUGGAUCGUGAUAUUUAAUAUUUUUUUAAUGAACUUGAAAAAUAUAUAUAUGAAAUAUUUCUAAUGCAUUCAAAAACUCGUGAAAAUGUUAAAUUAUCAUUCUAAACAUUUUUAUGUUUAUAUAUAGAAAGAAAUGUUCAUCGUACAAAAGUUCUCGAUUCUUUCUAAGAUUAGAAACAAACAUUAUCGAAAAAUUCGACCUGUGGAACGUCCAGGCUAGCCCAAGUUUACAAUGGAGACGCUUUUUUGUAUAUAAUGAAUGAUGUAUAAUCGUUAAAAAAAUGAUACAACGCUAAAAAGGCAUACGUGUUUUUAUUUGGAAUGAGUCUGUGAUGUGUCUGGAAUUAUAAAAAAUAGCUUCAACUGUUGUACCAGUGCGAAAGGCAUAUUAGCCUCAAAUUUGACAAGGAGUCAAUAUAAUUGACGUAAGAGACAUAUGAAAUGCAUUCUCGCACAUAUUGACAGUGUACUGUCUUAAAGAGAUCACUUUAAAUAUUCUCUCCUUGGUGAAGUGGGUUUUAAACAAAACAACAAAAAAAAAAAGUAUAAUUCUAAGUGUUGUACAUAGUACACAAUAUUAAUUUUUAAGUUGAACAAGUAGGUAUAUGAUGGCUAGUUUAAUCGUAUGCUAUAUUGUAAGAAUCUAGACUUAGUAUAAGUGACGUAGCUAGCAUUUAGGAAUUAGACGCCAUGAACUGACUAGGGAAAAAAUUUCCCGAACUACGUUCUCUUAUUAAUAAAAAAAGAGAUAAAAGAAAAUAUAUACAGGCGAUUUUGAUUGAUGGAAAAAAUUAUCAUCCAUCAUAAGCGAAUGGAUGUGAAUUUUAUUUUAUUUGAUUGAAAUUAUAGAAUCUGAAUGUACGCUCUGACUAUCAAACAAACAAAAUACAUUAUGCAAUUAUACAUAUUACAAAACAAAUUACAUUUUUCACUUAUUCACACAUAUAUACACAUGCAUACAUCGGUGAAUACACAUGUACACAAAAAAUUUUUAUAUAGCCUAAUUUUAUAUUUGUAUGCAAACGUAACUUCAACCAUGCGAUUUGCUCCUUCAUUUAGUCACGCGACACUCAAAACGAGCCUUAGUCCCUUUGACAUAAGAAAAUUAUUGCUUUUUAUUGCAACAUUUGCUGCACCGUAAAUCGCUUCUACCAAACGUGUUACGAUAUACAUAUACAUGCAUGUAUGAAUGUAUGUAUGAUGAAUGCAUGUACGAUGGAUGUAUGUAUGUGUGCAUGUACGUAUGUAUGUAUGUAUAUGCUUAAUAUAUACAUAUAUUUAAUAUAUAUAUGUAUUUUCUCGUACUUUAUUUCAGUAUGCACUUUUGUGUGAGCUUACGAAGCUCUUGAGAAGUAAAAUACAUUCGGUCAGAUAAUGCGAGUGCCUCUACAUUUGCGCAGCCUAUUGUUAUAAAAUGAAUAUACAUAAUUUUGUUAUCUUUAUAUUAUGGGUCGCGGUAAUAUCAUUUUCGUUUCGUUUUACGUAUUCCAUUUCGUUUUCGCGAGGAUCAUAUCGGAGGAGUGUCCAAUAUAUAUGUACAAACUGCACACAUGUGAAAUGUGUUCGAUAGAGAAUGUUUAAAUCAUAAUGUUGAUAAAAUAGAAUUCGUUUACAUCUAUAUAAAUACAUAUAUAUAUAUGACACAUAUAUAUAUGUAUAUAUGUGUAUGUAUGUAUGUAUGCUGCGACACACGAUUGUUCAGUGUAUCGGACAAUGUCCAAGAAAAAAAAACAAAUGUCUCGAGACCGAUAUUAUAAAAAAAAAAGAUCUUAUAAAGCCUCCUUGAUAUCGAUCACGAGUUGAUAAAAUAAUAUAAUUUUGAAAUUUGAACAGUUCUGUGAAGUGUGUUAUUUCUUGAACAUUUCUUUUAGCGAUUUCAUUUUUCUUGAGAACAAAAAAUGGAAGAAAAAGUUUUCCUAUAGACUUAGCACAGGAAAUACUCCGUAGUUUAUUAUAAACAGUGGUAUAUAUAUCGGGACACUUCAGGAUUGCGAAUUCGUUGUUUACCUCUCGCGAGUUACACGUUACCGUCGUUUAUUUUUAGAAAGAAAGGGAGAGAGAGAGAGAGGGAGAGAAAGAAAAAACGAAUGAAUGCAAAUAAAUCGUUUGAUAAAACUGUGUCUGUAAAUAAACAAACUAUUAACCUUCGCUUCGCCAGUCUCAUGUUAAGGUUCUUAAUAUCUUUUCAACUUAUGACUUCGAAAAAAAAAGAACUUCUGUGUUCUAUAUCGUGAUUUUUACAUAUUUUUAAACAAAAAAAAAAGAAUCUUUAAAGAUCUCAAAAAACACGUAAUCAUCUAUUACAUCAACAUACUGUCCUUUCUCAUAUUGUUAUGAUUAUAGUAGGGAUUGUGUCGAUCGAGCAAUUAUAUUACGUUAACCUGUAAAAAAAUUAUGAUCGCCAUCAUUAUUAUUUUGCAAUACUCGGCAUUAUCAUUAUUUCACUACAUAGUGACUGAUAUUAUUUCGAUCAUGAAAUCAUGAAUAUUAAACAAAAGAGAUAUAAAAGAAAGAGAUAUAAUCUGACGUAAAUUCUUUUCUAACGCUUAAUAGUAAUCUAAUAUAUCGUUCUGUGCAACUUAUCAACGUAAACGAUAUUUCAAGUGAUGUGUGUUAUAAAUGUAUCGAUCAGAAGACAUUUUCCCACUAUUAUUUUGAUAAUCUGUCUUCAUGCGAAAAGCAGUCGUGAAAAAAUUAAUCACAUGAUUUGUGAAUGGAAUUAUAUAUAUAUAUAUAUAAAUAUGCGUAUUAUAGAUUCAGUUUCUCAAAAAAAAAAAAAAAAAAAAAAAAAAAAAAAAAAAAAAAAAAAAAAAAAAAAAAAAACAUGGAAAUUUUUCAGCCUCGCAUAAGAUAUACAGAGCAUUUAUUUUAGCCGAUUAUAAAGGUAAUUCACAAUCAAUACAAAUUGUAUCAUUACAAAAUUUUUAUUAUUACACUUAUGAAAGAAAAAAAAAAAAAACAAGAAAAUUUUUUUAGAUUAUACAAAAUCGGAGUCCUGAAGAAUACCGUGUUUAAAUGCUUCCACUAAAAUAACGAAAAGAGAAAUAACAUUAUGGGAAAUUAAGUUAAAACGAAUAAACGGAAAGGUAUAAUGUGAACAGCGAUUUUUAAAUGCGAUCACCCGCAAUCCGAUUGUACUUUUCGAAGAGUGCCCCCUUGACGUUUCUCUGCUUUCUUUUUGCAGCAAUUGAAGCGAUUGAAUAUAUUUACAUUUUUCAUUUAUCAUUAUUAUUAAAUUCCAUUACCAACAUAGUUCGAUCUCUCCAAUUGUGAUAAGAAGAAACUUCCUACAUGUACAUUUACAUGUUUGCGUUGCAUCAAAUCUAAACUCCACAAAAUAUUAUAUAUGUAUCGAAAAAAAUGUUGAACUCUCUUUUUGUGCUUUAAUCUUUGUACAUACGUAUAAGUACGAUGCAAUAUCGCAAUCACAUGUAAAAAUAUUUUCAAGAUUAACGUUUGUUCGAAUGAUAUUGUUGUAUGUAAAUGGUGGAAUGCCAUGCCGUACAUUAGACAAAAUAAUAAAGUUAGAAAGCGGAGUACGACAAUGGCAGCCCUCUUUUUAAGUACUUUUUAGCAACGUAAAACAUCAAAUGAAAAUAAGAAUAUAUACACAAAUACACAGACACGAUAAAAAAUAAAAAGAAAAAAAAAAGAAAAAAAAAAAAAGAAACGAAUAUUAUCGUUGAUAUGACAGGCAAAUCACACAUCUAGACUAUUCUAUAGACUAGAAACGACGUAAGGUAUCGAUAUAAGACGUGUGUAUGUAAGUACCUACUCGUUUGUAACCUGAAAGAAGAUCGAUAUCUAUCGAUCGAUCUCUUUCAAGUAAAAAGUCUGUACAUAGAUAAAGAGAAGAAAAAAAAAGGAACGAAAUAAAACACGCCGAGGUACUCAGCUCCCUCCUAAAAAUAUUGUACUAUAAUAUUAAUAAUAAUAAUAAUAAUAAUAAUAACAAUAAGAAUAAUUAUUAUUAUAAUAAUUAUAACAAUAAUAAUAAUAAUAUUAAUAAUAAUAUUAAUAAUAAUAUUAAUAAUAAUAAUAAAUAAUAAUAGUAAUAACAAUGAUGAUGAUGACGAUGAUAAUGCUUACAAUGCGGUCGUGCAAAACGCGAGAAACUAAGGAGACAAAAAGUUAAACGAAACGAGAUUUCAAAAAAGAAGAAAAAGAAAAAAAGAGGAAGGAGAAGUGAAAUAAUAAUUAUUAAAUAAAUAAAUAAAUAAAUAAAUAAAAAAAAGGCUAAGAAGCGAUAUUACCUAUGAAACCCGCUAUUAAUGCGAUUAAUUCAAAUAAAUUAACUACAAUUAAUAGCGAGCGAGAACAUACCACGCCUACAGUAAACUACAGGUGUAGCAUACACGAUAAUAUUAUUAUCAAAACAGUUCAAUGUAAAAAAAUUGUUAUUUUUGUUGAAAUAAAAAUCACCUCCGUUAUAAUAACGAGCAA